AACAAAUUAAAUUAUUUUUUGCUUUUGCUUGAGUAUAAAUAAUAGCCAAUCUUCGAAGUAGUUUAUUCAAUGUGAUCAAGAAGAAAUACAUCACGUAGAUGCAAAAAUGAAGUACAAGAAGAAGAGCCACGAGGUGAUCAAAGUUUCACUUCUUCUGAUCAUUCUCACCACUCUAAGCUCGACUUCAUUUGCCGAACCAAAGGUAUACAUAAUUACAUUGGGAGGCCACAACGGGAGCAACGAGUUGCAACGAAACGAGGAUCAUUAUCUUUCUUAUUUGCGCUACGUGAAGGGAUCAUUGGAAAAAGCUAAGGAGAGUAUCCUUUACCGUUAUACAAAGGUCAUCUAUGGCUUCUCCGCAAUCCUUACUCCAGCCGAAGCUCAUUCAAUGUCAGAGAUUUCUGGUGUGAUUUCAGUGGUGGAGAGCAAGUCGAACGAGCUCCAGACCACAAGAUCAUGGGAUUUCCUGACAUCAUAUGGAACUCCAAUGAAUCCUUCACAAGACGACAUUAAUGAUCAUGAAUUAAACGAGUUAAAGAACAAAGCCGACAACAUCUUGGAUGUUGUUGUUGGCGUCGUGGACAGCGGGAUAUGGCCAGAAUCGCCAAGUUUUAAUGACGAUGGGAUGGAACCUAUUCCUGAAACGUGGAAAUGGACUUGUCAAGCUGGAGCCGAGUUUCCGGAAACCACCUGCAAUAAGAAACUGAUCGGAGCUCGAUACUUUGUGGCGGCUUACGAGGCCAUAAACGGGCCAGUGGAUCCAAAAAUCGAGUACCGAUCAGCCCGGGACAAGAAUGGCCACGGCACGCACGUUGCGUCGGUCGCAACGGGUCGGGAACUCCCGAAUGCUGCGGCAGCUGGCGGAUUUGGACACGGCAAUGUUCGCGGCGGCGUCCCCAACAGCCGUCUAGCUGUAUACAAAGCGUGUUGGGUGGCACCCCAAGGCUCUACCAGCUGCGAGGCCGCUGACGUGUAUGCAGCUAUCGAAGCUGCAAUCAACGAUAGAGUCGACGUGCUCAAUCUCUCCCAUGGAGGAAUUCUGCCGUACACGGAAGAUGCUAAUGCCGUUGGAUCUCUCCACGCCACAAAGUUUGGCAUUGUCGUAGCUGCUGCAGCUGGAAAUGCUGGUCCGGCUGCCGGCACCGUGGCUAAUGUCGCGCCGUGGAUGAUCACCGUCGCCGCCAGCAGCAUCGACAGGGUCUUCCAAUCUGAGUUCCUUCUUGGAAAUGGUUUCAAAUAUCAGGGACAAUCGAUUACGCCAGUUUACGUUACCGGAACAUACGAACUUGUUUAUGCCGGAUACAUAGAAAUUCCGGGCAGCACGACAAUCGUGACCUCCGGGCAAUGUCGUCCCGGGACGUUAUCAGAGGAGGCGAGAGGACGGGUGGUUGUUUGUUUUAGGGGAAUGGAGAAUCCUAGACCUGUAGAGCCUGUGAGUCACACAGAGCAGGCAUUGGAAGUGCGACGAGCAGGGGGUGUAGCAGCAUUGCUUCAUAAUCUAGAAAAUGGAAUCGGCGUAUCACUCCAACCAUUUCCUGUUCCGGCUAUAGUUGUAAUUAAUCCCGACAUGGAUCCGAUCAUUACGUACCUUCAACGUACCGGAACUAUAACACUCUAUCCCCCGACUACUGUACUGCCCUCAACCCCAGCUCCAUUCAUGGCAGAGUUUUCAUCCACCGGACCAAAUACCAUCCAAUACAACCUUCUAAAGCCAGAUGUUACAGCUCCAGGGCUGAAUAUACUAGCAGCUUCCACCACACCAAAUACUGAUAACGCAUUCGUGUUCAAGUCUGGAACGUCGUUUGCUUCCCCUCAUGUCGCCGCAUACCUUGCAUAUCUCAAGGCCGUUCGCCCUACUUGGACCACUGCUGCGAUGAUAUCUGCCAUUAUGACCACUGCAAAGAUCAUCGACAACACAAACAAUCCUAUAAAGGAUGCAUUCCUAAACUCUGCAACUCCAUUCCACUAUGGUUCAGGCCACUUUCGACCAUCAAAAGCUGCUGAUCCCGGCCUUGUUUAUGAUAUAACUUAUCUCGAAUAUAUUGAUUUCGCCUGCGCUUCCACUGGCCAGUCGCUUGAUUCAGAUUACUCAUGCGGCGCUACACCAUCUCCUCCGAGCAGUUUAAACUAUCCGUCUCUUGCAAUAAGAAAUGUGAGAUCAGAAGGCACCACAGUCCCCAGAAAGGUCACAAAUGUAGGUGGAGGAAGCCCCACUUAUGAUGUAUCGAUUGAGCACCCUUUCGGUUACACAGUUCAGAUCUCGCCGAUAACAUUGAACUUCAAUCCGUUGGUGCAGACUCUGAGCUUCACCAUAACAGUUCGACCAUUAAGCACUGCUUUGCCAAACCAGUUUGCAUUUGGAUCUUACACUUGGAAGUCGAAUGAUGGACUUUAUGAGGUAAGAAGCCCGAUCGCGGUGUCUAUCGCCGCGGGCCUUAUUAGAGAAACUGGCAAUGAGCUUCGUGCCGCCAAUUCAUCCUCUGCAGCAUAAAACCGGCCGGUCGGCGACGAGGUACGUCCAAGUGGAAUAUUAUGUGAUUAAGGUUGUAACUUGUAAUAUAAUGUGUAGUAAGAAUAAUGAUUCCACUGUAACGAUCGCUUGUGUUUUGCUACGAUAAUGUGAUUAAUUUCAAGUAUUUUAUGUUCAA